AUACUGACCCUCGCUGCUACCGCGUUACAUGCAUUUUAUUUGUGGAUACUACACACUGUACAGACUCGAGCAGUUUGUUGAAGAGUGCUUUGGGAUAAGUCCACCAGCAUGAGUUUGAUGGACAUCUCUAAGAUCUUUUCUCUUCUUCAACCCAAAGAGGAUGAGGAGGAAGACACCAACUGCAGUCACGAACUGAAUCAAGCUGUCUUCACAGACGACGACAAACUCCUUACUGAACUGUUGUCUCAGGAACAAUAUAGAAAGUGCAUCAACAACCGCAGUGGUUGGGGGAUCCCAGUCACUCCACUGCGCACGGCGGCUGCUCAGGGUCACCUACGCUGUCUGGAGGUCCUCCUGGCUCACGGGGCAGAGGUCGACAGCCUGGAUGUCAAAGCUCAAACACCACUUUUCACAGCCGUCUCUGGCAAACACAUAGAUUGUGUUGUCGCUUUAUUAAGAGCUGGCGCAGACCCUAAUGGAAGCCCACAUAACAACUGCUCCCCUGUGUUGACUGCGGCCAGAGAGGGGGAUGUGGACAUCCUGAAGGAGCUCCUUCAAUAUGGCGCCGAUGUAGACGUCAAGCCCAAAAUGCCAGACUGGGCCUUAAAUGCCACAGCUUGCCGAGGACCACUGUACAUUUCAGCGGUGUAUGGUCAUCUAGGUUGUUUCAAAUUGUUGCUGCAGUUUGGAGCCAACCCAGACUACAACUGCACUGAGGAAAAGAUGCUGGCCAGGAUCAAAGAGCCUAAAACUGUCUUGGAGAUGUGUCUGAGACAUGGCUGUGGGCUGGAAUACAUUCAGCUGCUCAUAGACUUUGGAGCAAAUGUUUAUCUGCCCCCUUUAGUUGGAGAUAAAACCACCAGUGAGAAUGAAGCAGUAGUGCUUCUGCUCAAAGAGAGAGUUUGUCCAAAAACACUGAUGUCUCAGGUGCGACUUUCUUUAUGGAAGUUCCUUCCGGCGGAAAACAAAAUGUCCUCCAUAGACUGUCUGGAUAUUCCCCAAAUACUGAAGGACUAUUUGAACCACAUGUCUUGAUUUUACAGUAAUUUACAGAAUUUGACUAAUAUGAUGUUUUCUUUUUGUAAUAUUUGUUAUAUUUUCUGUAUUUUAAAUGUCACAGAUAAUGUAUCAUCUAAUGAAAUGCUUUUAUUAUUUAUAAUAAAAUAUUUAUGAAUGUGUGGUAAAUGCUGCAAAUGAGUUCAUACCGUGGGUUAUGUUCUUCUUUGAUUGUUGCCAUUAUUGCAGAUGUUUGCAACUGAACUAAUGCCUUUUGGAUACCAUGGUCAAUGAUUUCUGCCAUGGUUGAACCAGCUAUUUAGGGGUUUCCUAAUUACCUGUAAACUACUGCAUACUGGCUGGUGACAGGUGUGUUUGAGCCACAUCUAAACUCUGAAGGACUGUGCCCCUUUAAUGUCAGGAGAGUUUGAUACCACAGGUCUACACUGAUUUGGACAAAAUAAAGCAUACCAUGCUUCAAAA